AUAUGUUCUAUCCCACCCAUUUGCUCCGUCGGAGCAAAGUCAAAACGGAAAGCUUAAACCUAAAUCUAGUCAAGGGCAUACCACAAUGUUAACAAUGCAUGGUGAAAUUAGUUACCGUAUCGCGCCAGUGUAUUAGUAUUUGUUGAUCGAUGAAGAAAUAAGAUGCGAAAAUCGAUACCUUUGGCAGCCGUCAAUCAAGCAUGAGUGUACCAUAAUAGUAGAACUGUUCAUGUUUUGUUUUAGUUAAAAAUAAAGUUCGAAUGAAACAACGGACAAUAAGCUGCUUUCUGUGUUUUCCACCUCUUCCCGUGGGGGCGUAUAAUGUGUCGCUGAUUAGGUGCUUUUGUUUGCCAUAGCGUGUAUAUGUGAUACCCAUGUGCCCAUGUGGACACAAAUCUUCGAAAUAAGUACUUGGAAAAAUGUAUUACAUUAUGUGCUUCGCAAUUGUGGACAGUGGACAGCUUAUACAUGGCAAGAGCUUGACGAUCCGCGAGUAUUUCUGUAUCGCGGCAGUGGAGAACUUAUUCGGUUUGAAUCCUCAUAUCGUCAUUUGGAAUAAAGCGAUCGCAAUGAGCUAAACUUUCAGACUAAUAUUUUCAAUCAAAUAUGUUGAUUUUUUCAGUGUGUCUUCCAGCGGCAUUUUUUCAAUCACGAUAUUAGUUAGAUACAAAAGAAAGCUGAUUCUGCAUCGUGACCUAGGAUGAAAACCCAGCAAACAUUAAAUCAUAUAACUCGGCAUACUGUAAGUCAAGUAUAAAGUUGUAUAGAAUCACAAUCGUAUAAAAUACCGAUCAAAGUAAACAUUGUGUAUAUCUACAAUCGCAUAAAAUGCGGAAAACACGAUUUUAUUUUACACGACAGAUUAAGUAGCAAAAAGAUCACAUUUUGUCUCUGGCUAACCUGCUACAUCAACCGCAAGGUCGGAUCGCAUUGGAAGGAAUACAGUGUUGUGUUUUUUCUGUGAUCAGCGAGGUGUAAUCUGAUCAGCUACACAACGAGGAUUAACUACUGCAUGCGGCUUUCGACUGUGGGAUAUCCACUCGUUUAGCAGCACUCCAAUUUUUAUGAAAAUGUGCAAGAAUGAUUAAACAAACAAGAUAUUAAAAAAACAAGAUAUUUUCUGGAUAGGCAUUCAUAAAUUGCCUGAAAGAUUUUAAUGUGUGCAACCUUUAAAACCCAUUACUUUCAAUACAAUAUUUUGAACCUUUCAAGAACAAGAAACGUGUCUUUUCAAUGAAAACCAAGGUAGCGUAUCAUGAGUAUUUUAGGGCGUGAUAGGUGUGUGGCAUACCCAGUUCUGACAACAAGAGCAUCAUUCUGCCGUGGAGCACCGAAAGAUGUGUCUGGCAAAUCAGGAUUCACGCCAGUAAGAUCCUGAUUACGACAUACUGAUACGACACAGAAAACGGACAUGAUAAGAAAAUGAUUUACAUUCGACACUAAAGACUGAUAGUCGUGCUAUCCUGUUCCGGCGUGUGGGAUAAUAGUGCGGUUGCCCUCGUCCCGGCAAUAACGUUCGAUGCUCGUCUAGCCUUUGGCACUAGGUACUAGGCUCAGAUGUUACAUUCCUGAGUUACGCUGAUCCGGCUCUAAACACGGUCCCCAGGACGGACCGUGUCAACCCUUGCAUGGCCUCACUGCUUGCAUAGAUAACCAUAGGAUCACUUAUAGCGACUAUGUACAACGAGCGGAGAUAGCGGCCCGGAGCUGGAACCCAACAACAAAUAUGAGUUUUCAAACAAAUUCCACAGAAAUCGGGAGGGAAAUCGAAGAGGUAGGAAUGUAGAGAUGAAUGAGUGGCAAAAAGUUGAAAGAAAGAAAAAGAAGAAAGACAAACCAAAGCCUAGGCAAGCGAGGUCAAAGCCAGAUGCUCUGAUUGUGGCUGCAGCGGGCACUGCGACCUAUGCCGAGAUUCUUCGGAAGGUAAAACAAGAUCUGUCCCUGAAAAAUCUCGGAAAAAACGUGGCCAGAGCGAAACGCACCCAAAAAGGUAAAAUGCUUUUCGAAUUGAAAAAGGACCCAACGAUUAAAAGCGAGGCCUUUGAAGAACUUAUUGUGAAAUCGUUGGGAGAAACAGCGUAAGUUAGAGCUCUGUCCCAAGAAAUAGUAGUCGAAUGCAGAAACCUGGAUGAGAUCACUAAACGAGAGCGUAACGCUUGGAGGGCAAGGUUGUGAACGUUAAUAAAUCUUUGCCGGAUGAACGGAGUGGUAUGAUAAUCAUUUCAUUCGAAAGACAAAAUGUCCAAGAUUUAUAUGAUCAAUAUCCGAAAACUUGUUUCUAUAGCUUAAAAAUUGCUUUAAAAAUAGGCUAUUGAGAUCACACAAAUCUGUAUAUAAGCUGGCGGAAAUCCAUUCAAUUGUUAUUUGAUGAUGUGAGAUGAGGAUGGUUACGCUCACACGCCUAUACAUUAUGCUGUUCUCUUUCAAUUCCAUUCCGUUACUGCAGCCGAACUUAAAAGAAGCAUUUAGCGAAAAUCGAAGUAUCGAUGAUAAUUCGAUACAGAUGGGUGCCAUUGACUGUGGAUUUGAUAGUGAAGAAUAUGGAUUGUUUGAUAUGGUUUAAUGGAUAUUUAACCAUAUCAAAGAAAUCACAUUGAUGAAGGCAGCGUUAUAAAAUUAUUUGUUCACGAAUGCCGCAGUCGAUCGUUCUUUUCAAUUGUUGGGGGGUGCAUUAUUUGUGCACUAAGCUAAAAAUCUUUAUAGUCUGUUUUAAAUCAUUUGCGCAAAGCUGGACUCAAUAAGAAGCUCGAUGUCUGGGUGUCACAACAGUUAAGACCAAAAAACAUGAUGAAUUGAAUUUUCAUCUGCGAAGCGUCGGCUAAAUGGAAUGAAAUCGACCCAUUUCUUAAACGGAUGAGAAAUGGAUCACAUACGACUCUAUUGUGCGAAAACAAUCGUGGUCAAAGCAUGGUGAAGCAGCUCAAACGGUGGUCAAACCAGAACUAAUGGCCUGGAAUGUUGUACUGUGUAUUCGGUGGAAUCAUUCAUUAUGAGUUGCUUCCGUAUGGUCAAACACUGAAUUCGUAAAAAAAAUAUCGUGCACAUCGUUAAAAAGCCCACAGCAUCUAUCUAGCGAAUUGUUAUAUCCGUAUGUAGUACGGUUUCCUUGAACUCUGAGAAAGGAAAUGCUUCGGAGUUGGCGGUUCGGAACGUGAAUAUUUAUAUUUUGCAGUAUGCUGCCGCAGUCGAUGUUGUUGCUUAGUACGUCAUAGAUGAACACUCUUUGCAGAAAACUACGCCGGCUCGACAGAGUUUGAAGUCCGAUGAGCGCGCAUCGAUGUUCGUAUGGCGGUAGAUUGUCGGGAUUUGUCCAUGGGAGCCGCCGUAACGCAUUUCUUAUGAAAAGUUUCUGAAUUUUUUCGAUACGUGUUACGUGCACACUAUGAUACGGGGCCCAUAUUUGCACUCCAUACUCUAGCACGCUGCGAAUCAGAGAACAGUACAGUGACUUCAUGGCAUGUACGUCGUCAAAUUGCGCUGUAUUUUUUCUCAGGAAGCCAAGCAUGGAGUUUGCUUUAGUGACUGUUAUCGAUAUGUGCUCGCUGAAUCUCAAUUUCCUGUCGAAAAGUAGCCCAAGAUCUUGAAAUGUCUUGAUAAUUCGGUAGAGUUUUAGGUCAUCUGUAUACAAGAGCUUGCAGCAGCUUAGGUGGUCACAUACAUCGUUUAAAAAGAAAAUGAUGAGAGGACCAAGGUGACUACCCUGAGGAACCCCGGACGAUAGGUGAAACGCAUUCGAUGUGGCAUCGUGAACCUUCACGAAAGCUUUCCUGGACGAAAGGUACGAUUCUAUCCAGCGAACAAUCCACGAAGGAAGACCGAGGCGGCUCAGUUUUGUGAUAGCUAGACCAUGCGGAACUUUGUCGAACGCCUUGGAGAAGUCGAUAUACACGGCAUCAACUUGUCGACACUUCUCGAUGGCACCAACCAGAGUGUUAGUGAAGGUCAUCAGAUUAGUAAUGGUGGAGCCUUUCUUCAUAAACCCGUGCUGAAAUUCUGAGAUUAACGAUCGGACUGCCGUGUACAGCUUAUCGUGUAGCAGUCUUUCCAGGACUUUCGUCAAACAGUCCAGUAUCGAGAUUGGACGGUAGUUUUCCACGCUGUGAAUGUUUCCAGAUUUGAAGAUCGUGGUUACGGAUGCUAGCUUCCAUGACUCAGGAAAGACGCCUUCAAGAAGUGAUCGAUUGAAAAUAAACUUCACAGGGGUGGUCAAUGAUGCAGCACAAUUCCUAAUGAAAGAAGGUGGAAUUCGAUCCGGACCAGGACCUUUCGAGGCGUCAACAGAAGAGAGGGCGUCGAGAAUAUCGUCGUGGCUGAAAGUGACUUGCUGUAGACGAAUAUCAAAACUCGGCAAGUUAUCGAUGUAUUCCUGCGGAGUUGGAGCCUGAUCGACUUCGUAAAUGGUUCGGAAGAAUUCCGCAAAGAAUUCCGGACGUUAAAUACAGUAUGUAACGUCCACUGGAAUACGUGCUGAGCCUUUUCGGGAAUUUACGAAAUUCCAGAAAGAUGAUGUAUUUAUCUUGAAACUACUCUGCACAUUGUCAAUGUACUGCCGAAAGCUAAGUUCAUGUAAACCACUAUACUCGGCUUCAGCCAACUGUACAGCAGAUUUAUUUGCAGCUGUUUUGGAGCGGAAAUAACGUUUCCGAGCUUUUCGCAGACGGUUACGCAGAUUACGGAGUUCGGAAUUCCUCCAUGGUUGUGUGAAAUUUAGGGAAGGCUUACAUCUUUUAACAGGAACGGUGAAUUAUUCGAUAUAAUAUGUUGUCGUAGAAGGCAGAGACUGCUUCAUCAAUGUCAGAGAGGUCAAGAAGCUCUGUCCAAUUCAACGAGCCGAUUCGCUCGUUGAUAGCGUUAAAAUCACACCGUGUAAAGUCAUACUCACUGCGAGCUGCUGGAACACCGGGUGGGCGGAUCUGGCCAGACGAAUGGACGUCAAGUUUUAAAAGUAACGGCUUAUGAUGAUCGUCGAUUUUUGAAAUAGCAGAUGGUGGAUCAAACUAUUGGGUGAACAAAUGUUCGAUAGGAUUCGCUGCUUGGCUAUUGAGCUGAGCAGUCCAGUCUUUCUUUCACCCCUCAAGCCCGUGGCAAGUUCGUUCGUUGCGAUAGUGUACGCGUUCGCACUUUAUUUUGCGCUCGCUUCUGGCGCUCCUUCAAGAGUGUUAGUAGAGAGUGAGAAGGACGAAGUAUCAUCGUAGUGAAAUGAACGGAGAACAAAUCAAUCCGUUUGUAAAAUGUGGCAUUUCCAGAACGCCGACGAAAAAAAGGGAUGCGGUAGAAAACUCGUUAACCCGCGCUGAAAGUGAGCCCGCUUUGAACAAAUCGCCGGAAAAUAGUAAUUUCAUCUUAAAUGUGAAGAAACCAACAGACGAUAAAAAAGUGCAAACAGGGAUAGAUCACUAUUUUAAAAGAAAAAUGAGUCCCAAUAGUGCAAACACUGGCAACGCAGCCAAAAAAAACAAACACUACAGCCAACACAGUUAUCCCUCUGAGGAAUAGGUUCGAUGCCCUUGCUCCGGUGAACGACGAAAGUGCACAGCAAAAAACUGUAGAAUCAAAGCCCGCACCGAUUUACCUGCGUCAGGUGGUAAACCGAACCCUUCUGGCCUUCGGGCGGCGAAUAUCAUACUAACAUUCCUUCCCUUCCCCUGGUAACUGUAAGGACGUGGCCGGCGUCGUUAUUGACCGUUUAAAGCUCGAAUCACCGAAAAUUGCACAACGAGAAUGAUUUGCUAGUCCCAAGCGUCAUUCUGUGUGUUCUUUGUGCAAUUUGGUUGGUUCAAGUCAAUCACGGAGAGCAACUACGAAGUGUACAGUCUACCCAAGCUCAAGCUCAAGCUAAAAGUGCAGUGCAAUACGAUUGCCGAUUAUCGCAAAAUUGUGAACGCGUUAGAGAAGGAAAAAACUCUCUAUUAUACCUACCGCUUAAAAGCUUGGAAAGGUCUCACUGUGGUGCUGAAAGGCAUAGAACAGGGUGUUUUACCCGAUGAUAUAAAAGACGUUCUAACCGAUAAAGGUUUUGAGGUGGCUUCGGUUACUAAUAUGUUGAACCGACUAAAAAAACCACAGCAGCUCUAUAGAGUAGAACUAGAGUCAUCAACGAGGAAAUUGAAACCGGAUGAAGUGCAUCCAAUUUAUAAAGUCACCCGCGUUUUAAAUCGUGUAGUGACGUUCGAAGAGCCGCACAAACGGACUGGCCCUGUGCAAUGUCACAACUGCCAAGAAUACGGGCAUACCAAAGGUUAUUGCAACCUUCCAGCAGUCUGUGUAGUCUGCAGUGGCAUUCAUGAGACAAAAAAAUGCCCAGUCUCAAGAACAGCAACAGAAGCAAAAAAAUGCAGCAACUGCGGUGGAAACCACACUGCAAACUACAGGGGGUGCCCUGUAUAUACAACAUUAAAGAAAAAACUGCAAGAAUCUCGACAAAAAGCUGCAACUAGCAGGACUGCAAACUAUCAGCCAACCCUGCAACCAACGGUAAAUUCAGCCACACACCCGAAACCCCAACCUCCUGGUUUCACGCCUACACCUAGCACAUCGUAUAGGGAUGCUCUACUCUCCCAACCUUCAACACCAAUAAUUCCUCCCGCGGACCAAUUACAAGUAUUUAUGGGUUCAAUUAUGCAACUCAUGACAUCAAUGCAAACAAUGAUGCAUGAAAUGUUGCGCAGCCAGCAACUUCUCAUCCAAAAAUUGCAAUGUUCAAAAUAAUUUUUUUGUAAAUCUGCUAUUGGAAUGCAAACGGGAUACAUAACCAUUUGAAUGAAAUUAAACUAUUCUUGAACCAACACGACAUUGACGUUUUUCUUAUCAAUGAAACUCAUCUGACGGAUUACUACAACAUCAGAGUUACGGGAUAUGAUUUCUAUGGUACAAAUCACCCGCACGGGUCAGCAAGAGGUGGGGCUGCGGUCCUCAUCAAACGAGAUAUUCCAUACUAUUUAUGGCACGUCACAGUACUCUAAAUAUCCAAGCAGCGGCUGUGUGCAUCGAGAAUAAAUCUGAGAAAAUAGUAUUACCAGCACUCUACUCUUCACCGAACCACCACCCUUCGGGAGAGGAACUGAAAGACUUCUUCUCACUCCAAGGGCACCGAUUUAUCGUCGCUGGUGACUUUAACGCAAAACACACCUUUUGGGGAUCAAGGCUGAUUACCACUCGUGGACGCGUAUUAUACAACGUUAUCACUGACUCUGGCUAUGACAUUGCAUCAUGCGGUGAACCGACACACUGGCCAGAGGACCUCGCACGACUUCCGGACCUGCUAGAUUUCGCUGUCACAAAAAAUAUUAAUAGUAAACGAAUUCGAUCGAAGCUUCUUUUGGAUUUAUCAUCUGAUCACUCACCAAUACUCCUGGAAUACUUCAUAGAAAAGGAAGUGAAGCAGACGUCAUCUGAUCUCACUAACUUUUCAACGAAUUGGACAAAAUAUAAGACAUAUAUCUCCUCUAACAUUCUCGAUCUACCUCUGGAUAACGAACAUCAUAUCGAGGAAGCAGUUAACCAGCUCAGUGUACUCAUAAAGAACGCUGCGAAAAUAGCUACCCCACCUAUGAAGCCUCAGAAACACAAAAAAAAAUUACUGCCUCCCACAUAAAAGCAGCAGUUGCAGAAAAGCGACGACUAAGACGUAUCUGGCAAAACAAACGAUCGCCAGAAUCUAAAAACCAAUUCAAUGUGGUACAACGUAAAUUAAGAAAGCUAUUACAAGACGAGAAAGAUGAAAAAUUCCAUAAUUACUUAACUGAAUAAUCAAAAUAAUAAUUACUCACUAUGGAAGGCAACUAAGAAUCUAAAAUGACCUCAGUUACAGGUCCCGCCGUUUAGAAUGCCCUCUGGUAAUUGGGCCAGAAAUGACGAUGAAAAAGCAGCAACUUUUGCAAACCAUCUUCAAAAAGUUUUCACUCCGAAUCAAUACGGACCUAAUCAAGAAACGCUCGAAUUUUCUGGUGCUAUAAACCAAAACAAAAUGAAAAUCAAACAUCGGCUGGUGAGACAUGUUAUCAAUAAUCAUAUCAAUGUGAAAAAGUCACCCGGUAUCGACCACAUCAACGGAUAUUUGAUCAAGGAACUACCUAACCUAGCAAUUAAACAUCUCACGAGAAUUUUCAACGCAAUGACCCAUAAAGGAUAUUUCCCACAAGCAUGGAAAAUUUCGACCAUCAUUAUGAUUCCUAAGCCAGGGAAAGACGCACAGAAAGUGGAAUCUUAUAGACCUAUCAGCAUCCUUCCAAUCUUCUCAAAAGUGUUCGAAAAAAUUAUCCUGAUAAAAUCAGCGCCCGAGAUUGAAAGAUUAAUCCCGAAUCAUCAAUUCGGAUUCCGAGCAAAACAUGGCACUAUUGAACAAGUGCACCGAUUGAUAGAAGAAAUUCGUAAAGUAUAUGAAGGCCGCGGAUACUGCUCAGCGCUUUUUCUUGAUGUAGCUCAAGCUUUCGAUAAAGUCUGGCACGAAGGACUGCUCUAUAAAAUUAAAAAUAUGCUACCACAAGUAUAUGAAAUUAUGCGUUCUUAUCUACUGGGAAGAAAGUUUCAUGUUCGGUAUAACCAAACUCUAUCACCAGAGCAAGAAAUUUAUGCUGGCGUUCCUCAGGGCAGUGUUCUUGGACCAGUUCUCUAUCUCAUCUACACAGCUGAUCUCCCGACCGCGCGUAACUUAAUGACUACAACAUUCGCAGAUGACACAGCUAUUCUCAGCAGUCACAAAAACAGAACGAUUGCUUCACGGGAUCUCCAGGAACACAUAACGGUCGUGGAAAAGUGGCUUCAAAAAUGGAGAAUUAAAGUAAAUGAAACAAAAUGUGUCCACGUUACGUUCACGCUUAAUAAGAACACAUGCCCACAAAUUAAGUUCAAUAGAUCUGCAGUACCUCAAUCGAAUGAAAUUAAAUAUCUUGGUGUACAUCUAGAUCGUCGUCUAACCUGGAAGAAAUACAUAAAGGGUGUGUCACAUCAAAUUGCAUCACGGAAAAAACGCUGUAGAAAUUUAAUUUUUAGGAAUUAUAUCUUCAGCUUUCGCUCAUAAUCAGAUAAGAGUGUAUAGAUCACGUUGGCCAUGCUUCACUGUCAAUUUUUCGUAAAUUUGGAAAAAUGUCGUCGAACGAAAAGGAGCGUCGUGAAUUAAUUCUGCGCACUCAUUUCGAGAAUCCGGAGUUGUCACAUCGGGACAUCGGUAAGAUGCUGGGAAUCGUCCAAUCCACGGUCAGCAGAGUACUAAAACGAUACUUCAAGAACCUAACCAUCGACCGGAAGGUGAAGAACGGCAAAAAUGGAUGCUCCGUCAGUGAAAAAGAUCACAAGCGCGUAGUUAAGCCGUUUAGACGUGAUCCGACAAGUUCGGUCCGGGAUGUCGCCAAUAAGCUGAAUUUGUCAAGUUCAUUCGUCCAGCGGACCAAGCAGCGGGAGGGCCUGCGUACAUACAAGGUUCCUAACCGCGACGAAAGGCAAAACAUGGUGGGGAAGACGCGAGCCCGGAAGCUGUACACCGAAAUGCUGACGAAGCCGCAUUGCCUGGUAAUGGACAACGAAACCUACGUCAAAGCGGACUUUCGUCAGCUGCCGGGCCUGUUGUUCUUCUCCGCAGAGGACAAAUUCAGCGUUCCGGAGGAGAUUCGCAAGCAGAAACUAUCCAAGUUUGCCAAAAAAUACAUGGUGUGGCAAGCGAUCUGCUCUUGCGGAAAGCGGAGCGUUCCCUUCGUGAUGACCGGCACGGUAAACGGGCAGGUUUACCUUAAGGAGUGCCUACAGAAGCGCUUACCACCACUAUUGAAGCAGCACGAGGGCCCGACCAUCUUCUGGCCGGAUCUCGCUUCGUGCCACUAUUCAAAGGACGUGUUGGAGUGGUACGAAGCCAACGGGGUCACCUUCCUGCCAAAGGAAAUGAACUCGCCCAACGCGCUGGAGCUUCGCCCAAUAGAGAAAUAUUGGGCGAUUAUGAAGCAGGCCCUUCGGAAGAACCCAAAAGUUGUCAAAUCGGAGGCGGACUUUAAGAGAAAAUGGAUUUCUGUAAAAAAAAAACUACAACUUGACGUUGUACAGAACCUUAUGGACGGGGUAAAGAGGAAGGUGCGAGCAUACGGGCGUGGGCUCGAAGUAUGAAUAAAAAGAAAAUGCCAAAAAUUGUUUAAUAGUUUUUAUUUUACUGUCUAAAAUUUUCAAAAGGAUCGGUCUACUGGGCGAAUUUCUACAGCGUUUUUUUCCGUGAUGCAAUUUGAUGUGACACACCCUUUAGAUGCGAAGAAAACGCAAUUGAAGAUGCGAGCAAAACAAAUACAUUGGCUAAUCGGGAGGAAGUCGAAAUUAAAACUAGAGUUCAAACUACUUCUAUACAAAUCCAUGCUGAAACCUAUUUGGCAUUACGGCUGUCAACUAUGGCAAACAGCUUCAGCAAGUAAUAUCGAAAUCAUCGAAAGAGUACAAAAUAAACUGCUAAGACAAAUUACUGGCGCCCCUUGGUACAUCCGCAAUAGUGUCAUACAUCGAGACUUAGGGAUGGUGACGGUUAAAGAAGAACUUCAUAAAACGAGGAGGAAAUAUGCGGAAAAGGUGAAGAAUCAUCCAAAUCCACUAGCAAGGCGACUCGGUCAACCUAUGGUAACACGUCUGAAGAAAAAAACCUUAAUUAUAUGAACGUGGUCAAACGUUAGUGUUGUGCUCCAGCACACAUGUGAAAUUUUAACUGUAAGAAUUAACAACAAACGUAAUACUUUAUUAUGUUAGAACUAAAUGUAUGUUAUUUCCACAUAAUGGAAGAUUCAAUAAAUGUAUGUAUGAAAAAAAAAGUUCGAUGAUUCAUUUUACCUAUUAUCUAUGACUCGCCAAAACGUUUUUCCAUUCAUCCAUCAUUUCCAGAAGUGUUUGCCCUUUGAUUAUUCAAUAAAUAAAUCUUUCAAUUGCGCAAAGCUUUUUACCUGUUCUGACCAGGGUUUUUUUUUGUCGAAAAAAGCUCGAUGUGGAUUUCAUCAAAAAAAGGAUAUUAAUCUACCGAAUUGCCUUCCAAUUUCGCCAAAUCGAAAUAUAGAGGGGAAUUAUCAAGCGGAAGUUGAAGUAUGUGACUCGAGAUACUAUGCCUACACAGAUGGUCAGAUCUUGGAAGAUCCAAAGCCCGCCAGAUUUUUUUUUCUCAUGAAAAUGUGACUACUUAACAUCUUUUUUACAUCAAAUCCAUUACUCAGAAUAAAACCUAUUUCUAAGUAUCGAUCCUAAUUGGAUUAGUUGUCAGCAUGAUUGUAAAUGGAUUUGGAAGAAAUGGCCGGCUAUCUCCUCUGCUAACUAAAGCCGAUGUAGGAAAACAGGAUAGAAUAUUGGAAAAUAGUUUGGAAGGAUACAUCUAUCUAAUGCAAAAAUCGCCCUUAUAAACACAAAAAGCGUCAAUCUUCGUAUAUGAACAAAAUAAGCAGAAACUCAAAGUAUUGUACUGAGUGAGUCCACACAUUUCUUUCAGUAUAGUCAAAGACGAUACCGUGUGAAUCGAAUGAUCUCAAUUCAUUUCUGUCUAUUUAUAUAAUAUAGAAAGUAACAUCCCAACAACAUCCCUCAUGAAUGGGACACGAAAGCUGACGUGAAAUUUGAGCUAUCUUCUUUCAUA